AUACUUGUAAACCUACAUCCCCAAAAAGCUUCAAAUUAAAUUUAAGUGCCAUAGUGAUGAACAAAGAUGUCGAUUACUCGAGUACUGUUGUUGAUCAAAAGAGGCUGAAACUAUUUGGGUUUGAGCUCAAUUACCCAACUAAUAACCCUAGUGAAGGAGAUCAUGAAAGUGUGAAUUCAUCAACAAGUAUUUCUCCUUCCCCUACAAGAGAAUACAACAACAACAACAGCAACAAGAAGGCUUCCAAGGACGACGUCGUAGCGGUUGUCGACGACAAGAAGUUCGAGUGCCAGUAUUGUUUCAAGGAGUUUGCAAACUCACAAGCAUUAGGGGGUCACCAGAAUGCACACAAGAAGGAAAGAAUGAAGAAGAAGAGGUUGGAGCUUCAAGCAAGGAAGGCUAGCAUCAACUAUAAUUAUCUUCAGCCUUCUAAUAAUAAUAAUAUUAUUAUUAAUCAAGGGUUUGGAUACCAUGGAUCCGGUACUACUCCAUGGUACUAUGAUCCCUCUUGUUAUAAUAGUGCUAAUUCAUCUGAUCUGCUUACAUUCCAUGAGGAUCAGUCUCCUCAGAUUAGUUUCAACCAGUUUGACCAUGAUUUUCGUGUCAAUGGGUCAAAACGACGCGCACAGAGGCGAGAAGCGGGCAUGCUUACGCUAAUGAGGGCUGAUGAGAGAUUGGAGGAUCAGAAGAUAAUCAGACGGCCUGUGAUUGUGAAGGCUGCUUCAUCAAAGCAAUCUUGUAAAUAUUUGGAUCUUCAAUUAGGUCUUAGCUUGGAGUCAAAGUUUAGUUAGAAAUUAAACAAUUCUUCUCAAUUAAGAAAUGGAAAGGGAAAAGAAUAUUAUUAUUGAUUACUUAAAGAUAUAUUUUGGUGAUUACAAUACAUAUAUAUUAUGAUCUUA